UGGGCUAAGUUCCAAAUCCUUCCCAAUGGAGAUACAGUCAGGACUGCACACGAGGCACGGGUUCCCGAGGAGGAUGGGCGAGAUGUGACGUAUGUGUGGUACGAGCUGGACAUCGACAAGAACCACUCACGUCAGCGCCAGCUGGUGGACUUCAAAGAGCACACAUUCUUCAGCAAGCUCGAGAACAUUGUCAUCGUUGACGUUGGUCCUAUCCCGACAGCCCUCCCUCCCCGCCUGCGUCCCAGUACACUUGUUCUUGCCAUUGUUCACCAAUGUUCUAUCACAGAGAAGCAUCCUACACUCGACAUCCACUACUACAGAAGACAGGGCCAGACAGUGAUCAUUGAUAUUGAGUCAAUUUAUUGUGUUCUUGGCCACAUCAAGGUC